UUCAUCAGCGCGUUGAGACCGAAGCACAUCGACUAUGAACUUUCUUAGCCUAAUUAUCUUCUGUAGCUCCUUUUUGGUCGCUGUGAGUGGCUUAAGUUUCACGGUGACGUCACGGAUCUACAUCGAUGUCAAGCACAACAAGAAGCCGGUGGGAAGGAUAACCUUUGGAUUGUUCGGGAAGUUGGCUCCCAAUACAGUGGCUAAUUUCCGACACAUCUGCCUGCGCGGGAUCAACGGAACCAGUUACGUGGGUUCUCGUUUCCAUCGCGUGGUGGAUCGAUUCCUCAUCCAGGGCGGAGAUAUCCUAAAUGGCGAUGGAACUGGCUCCAUUAGCAUCUAUGGCGAGUAUUUUCCGGACGAAGACAAGGCCUUAGCCGUGGAGCACAAUAGACCGGGUUACUUAGGAAUGGCCAAUCGCGGUCCCGAUUCCAACGGCUGCCAGUUUUAUGUGACCACCGUGGGCGCCAAGUGGCUGGAUGGGAAGCACACAGUUUUUGGCAAGGUACUGGAAGGAAUGGACACCAUAUACGCCAUUGAGGAUGUCAAAACGGAUACGGAUGAUUUCCCAGUGGAGCCUGUGGUGAUCUCCAACUGCGGCGAGAUCCCCACCGAGCAGUUCGAAUUCUACCCGGACGACUUCAACAUUCUCGGAUGGAUUAAAGCGGCUGGUCUGCCCGUGACCAGUUCCUUCUGUGUCCUGCUCAUCUUUCACUACUUUUUCCGCCAGCUCAACAUGUAUUGCUGAGGGCUCCCGCUCACCCAAAGUAUAAGCUUUAUUACUGCACAUAAAACUGAGAAGCCCAACCAUCCACUCCAAACAAGAACCCACAAUAAAUGGAAAUAAAAUUUUAAGAUAACUAGGACA